GAGCUAAAGUGACCCGACCAGCAGUAGCAUGGGCUGGCAGUGUGGUGCAGCUCAGCCCAUCUUGAUGGAUGAGGAGCUUGUGCAGAAGGCAGUUGAUGAGCAAACUCCUCGAGAUCAAGCUGGGAGAAUUGCCCGGGCGGAGGGAAUACACCUCGAUGAAGUCCUCGCUAUACGUCUGGACUUCAGACACAUCCUGAAGAUUGACAAUUUAUGGGACUUCACAUCCUUGACCAGGCUUUGUCUAAACAACAACUUGAUAGAGAGGAUCGAGGGCCUGGACCGUCUGGUGAAUCUGACAUGGCUCAAUCUGUCUUUCAACAGAAUAGAAAGAAUCGAGGGUCUUGAGUCUCUGCGGAAGCUUGAAUAUCUGAAUUUGUCCAACAACAGAAUCUCUGUGAUUGAAAACAUGGGUGAAUUUGAGAAUCUCACUCAUUUCCUCAUCUCAAACAACCUCCUUGAACAACUGGAUAAUGUGCUCUCCCUCAGGAAAUUCAAGAAACUGUUCAACAUCAACCUAUCUGGAAAUCCUCUCUCAAAGGAGGAUGGAUACAGUUACUUCAUUGCUGCCUUCUUUCCAAACUUGACGUGCCUAGACUUCAGAUUACUUAGUGAGGAGAAAAAAAAGGAAGCAUCUAUCAAACACUACCUAGCCGUUGAGAAAAUGAGACAAGAAGAGCUGCAGAAACAACAAGCCGAUGAUGCUGAGCAAAGCCAGAAAGCAGAACUCCAAUUACACACAGACGCCUUUGUGGAAAACCUCAAUGGAUCCAAUCUGUUUAAGAGCAUGUUCAAAGACGAUCCAGAAGCGGAGACACUGCGAUGUGUGACAGGAGUGGCUCAUCUGCUCCAAACAUUUGAGCAUCAAAUGGGGGAACUGUGUGAGCAGGUACUUGAAAUAGGCUUGGCAGAGCAUAAACGAAGAGAGGCAGAGGUAAACUCCUUCCUCAGCGGUCACACAAAGAUGGUGACAGACUACCAGAAGAAGGCAUCACAGGUUUUGGCCGAAUUUCAGCAGCAACACCAAGAGAGGAUGGUGGAGCUCAGGCAGUUAUCAGACCCAGACAAGCUGCAGGUCAAGAUCGGUCAAUGCAACGAUGCAAUCAACCAGCUCUCAGACAGCCUAAUGUCACUGGAGCUUAAGCUCAAUAGCCAGUUACAGGACAUCAUCAAAGAGUUUGACAUCAACAUCUCAGACAUGGUGGGCAGUUUCACUGAAACUGUGCAAGGGAUAUUUGCCCAAUUUCGAGAUCUGGAGGAUGCUUAUCAUCAGAAAGUGCGGGAUAUUGCUUCGGCAACUCUGGAGAAAGUGGCCUCGGACAGCGUGGGAGAGGACAUGUCAGGUGAUGUUAGAUGGCUGUUUACAGACAAAAACAUGGUGAUGGACGCACUGGCCACCGGCCACGAUAACCACCUGCUGAAGAUCAGUGACAGAGAGGCUCAGUGUGUUACACGUGUCGAGGCCUGGAAAGUGUCCCUGGUUAAAGGGGCUCAAGACAAAGAACGUAAGCGGAACCAAACUUGCCUCUCAGACACCCUCAAGUAUAUCGACCAUUUGCACGAGCAGCUGGAGGAGUUCCAGUGGCAAGAUCUUUGAGGCAAACAAUCAUUUCAUUCACAUACUUGUGAUUGAAAUAGAACAGGACAUUCCCACAGCCUUCUGAGACAACUGUCAUACAACAAAUGUUACUAUGUUCAAGUAACCAAUAACAGAAUGAUUUCAUCUGUUCAUUCAGUCUCU